CUUCACACCACUGAUUUAAAUGAUGGAUUAGACUGGAACAAAAUUAAUUUCAGAUCGAUCACUGAAGAGAACACACUUGAAGAAUUUCUUUCUACUGCCGAGUUAGCCAUGACAGAGUUUAUUGCUGAACGCGAAAAUUCAGUUUUAAUAUCAUGUAAUAACCUGGUUCCGUCAGCUGAAGAAUCGGCAAAAAUGCAAAGAAUUCAAAAUGAUUUGAAGUCACUGCUGCGUAUACCAAGAAGGCCAAAAUGGGAUGAGCAAAUGAACAUCGAGCAGUUGAAUGAAAAUGAAAAAACCUCGUUUUUGGAAUGGAGACACGAUCUCUCUAAGCUGUCAGAAAUGGAAGGGAUUUUAAUAACUCCAUAUGAAAAAAAUUUAGAGUUUUGGAGGCAGUUAUGGAGAGUUAUUGAAAAAAGUGAUGUAAUUGUUCAGAUUGUUGAUGCUAGGAACCCGUUGUUGUUCAGAUGUGAAGAUUUAGAAAUAUAUGUGAAAGAAAUAGAUCCAAAAAAAGAGAAUGUUUUAUUAAUAAACAAAGCAGAUUUUUUAAAUGAAUCUCAAAGAAAAAUUUGGGUGGAUUAUUUUAAAGAUUUUGAAAUUACUGUGUUAUUUUGGUCAGCUAUAAAGGAACUUAAAGAAAAAGGCAUAGUAAAUGAUAUAAAUAAAAGCAUUGAUGAAACUGAAUAUGAAGCAAAUCCAAUUUUAAAUGCUUCUCAGUUGUUAGACUGGUUUAAAUAUAUUGGUCGUAAAAUAAAAAAAGACUGUGAUGAACUUAUUACUGUGGGUUUAAUUGGCUACCCAAAUGUUGGAAAAAGUUCAACAAUUAAUGCUUUAUUGGCACAUAGAACUGCUCCUGUGUCAGCUACGCCUGGUAAAACAAAGCAUUUUCAAACCUUUUUUAUAGACAGCCAAUUGUUACUUUGUGAUUGUCCAGGUCUUGUUAUGCCAAAUUUUGUGGCUUCAAAAGCAGAGAUGGUUACAAAUGGCAUAUUACCAGUCGAUCAAAUGAAAGAUUAUCUUUCUCCAACAGCUAUUGUUUGCAAUUUGAUCUCAAAAACUGUGUUUGAACAGACUUAUGGCAUAAUACUUGAAGAAAAUACCAAAUCUUCGCCAUAUGAUCUGUUAACAGCAUAUGCUCGUGUCAGGGGUUUUAUGACACAUAAAGGUGUUCCAGAUUGUUCUAGGGCCGCUCGUUUAAUAAUUAAAGAUUUUGUUAAUGGAAAGCUGUGCUACUGUGCAUGCCCACCA